AUUUCCCACCAUCGCCAUUCCUUUCCUUCCAUACCUCCUUCGCGAAAACCAGAGCACGAAAGAACCCUAAUUUCGUGACCGGAAAUGGCUCGCACGAAGCAGACGGCCCGGAAGUCCACCGGCGGGAAGGCCCCGAGGAAGCAGCUGGCGACGAAGGCCGCCCGGAAGUCGGCCCCGGCGACCGGCGGCGUGAAGAAGCCGCACAGGUUCAGGCCCGGGACGGUGGCGCUGCGGGAGAUCAGGAAGUACCAGAAGAGCACGGAGCUGCUGAUCAGGAAGCUCCCGUUCCAGCGGCUGGUCCGGGAGAUCGCCCAGGACUUCAAGACCGACCUCCGGUUCCAGAGCAGCGCCGUCGCGGCCCUCCAGGAGGCGGCGGAGGCGUACCUGGUCGGCCUCUUCGAGGACACGAACCUCUGCGCCAUCCACGCGAAGAGGGUCACCAUCAUGCCCAAGGACAUCCAGCUCGCUAGGAGGAUCAGGGGCGAGAGGGCUUAGGACGUUUGUUUCGGUUUGUGUCUUAGGGUUUGUGGAUCUGGAUUUGUGGUUCUGGAGAUGAUGGGUCUGGUUCUUGCUCUAGGUGUGAUGAUAAGCCCAGUUGUAAAUCUCUCAGUUAGAUGUGAUUCCAGCUUUUAGAAAUGCCAAUUACUGAUUGGUCAAUCGUUCACGGCUCUCUUCAUUUUGCUUUUUCUUUUAUGAGUAGAAGAAUAGUAUUGUUUUAUAACUCUUGAAGUGGGUCAUUUACAAAGCUAGAUCAGAAGAGGAAAAAAAGAUGCUUUCUUUCUUCCGUUUGAAAGUUGUCAAGGACUCAUGGUUGUCAAGAUCGAAUCUUUGUGAGUGCAAUGGGAAUUUCCGGGUCAUUGUACUGAU